GUCCGAGGGGAUCGGAACCGAUUCAGGACUUCUGUGAGGCUUUCGGUUUCUGUCAUCAUCAUCGGUCGGUCGUCGUAACACCGAACGCAACGGGCAGGCGGACAUUCGGCGACACCAUCAUCCUUCGCAGGUUUUUGAUUGUCCUUGCCGCGCGCUAGCUGUAAUCAAACCCAUCGCCGUCCCCGUCCACCCCCGGAAAGGCAGCGCUCAAUGGAUUCGGAGAUUCCGGAACUUUCGGACGAAGCCGAGGAACACGUCAAGCUAGACAACGGUGAAGAGGUUGCAUUACCACCUCGAACCCGGCUAGUGACCACCACCGACGUACAGCAGGGCAAUACCGUAGUGCAGGUGCCAGUAUCCCUUCCGGUCGGUACGCUAAUCGGUGGAGCGACCUUCAACGUGCUCACCACGGAACAGAUACAACACUUCAAACCAAUGAUUUGCGUCGACAACAAUGGUUUCGUCUCGAGCAGUACGGUGGUUGGAGACUUGGGCAAUGAACUGAAACAGGCACAUAUCGUUAUACAGCAGCAGAGCUCAUCCGACACCAACAACCAGCAGCAGGAUGAUUCGGGCCUGGUGGAAAGUGGUCAAUCGCAGAACAAUUCCCAGCAAGGCUCACAGCAACAAAGUACGCAGGAGUAUCGGGUCGAGGGUGGUAACAGUGCGCUGGCGAACCAUUUGGCCAAUGUGGAGAUACUGCAGGUGCGUUGUAAAACCACGACUGGCGAGCUGUACAAAAGCCGGCUUGGUUCCGGUGGACGGGGGAAAUGCAUCAAGCAUAAGGACGGUUGGUACACGCCGAGUGAGUUCGAAAACAUUUGUGGCCGUGGUUCAAGCAAAGACUGGAAACGAUCGAUACGGUACGGUGGGCGUAGCCUGCAGACGCUCAUUGACGAGGGUAUCCUGACGCCGCACGCAACGAGCUGCACCUGUUCUGCGUGUUGUGACGACGAGUCGGGCGAAACGGCAACUGGACCAGUGCGGCUGUUCACACCUUACAAGCGCCGACGAAGGAACCAAAGCGAACACGAAUCGCCACAGCUGGAUAAGAAGAAGCGCAUCGUGGUGACGAGUGGUACGACAACGUCGGCCGGUGGGAACGCCACCAGCACAUCGGGCACCGUUGUGAACAGUAACAAUACACCCAGCGCGAACGCGAAUAAUGCCAUCAUCAAUAGCAAUAGUACGACCACCACAAACAAUUCCGCCAUAACUAAUCAGCAGCAGGUAGCGGUGCAGGCUGCCCAAGUGCAUGCGGCCACCAGGCAGCAGAUACAUCAAGCGACCGCCACCAUAAAUGCAACACCCAUCAUCACCAACAACACGAGCACCACAACGACCACCACGACCGUGAAGGUUGUCCAGCAGGAACAACAGCAGGAGCUGCAGAACGAAUUGAUCACCACCAAAGAGGAACCGUGGCAGACGUUAACGGAGGGUAUUGACUCGACGACGGAAUUCGUGGACCAACAGACGCAAUUAUUAGCUGAAGCGAACUUACCUUUCGAACGGAUGAAAUCAUUCUGCACUCAGCUGACGAAAAUGGUGCAAGAAAUGCGGAAAUGCAUUGUGGAAACGCAAGAGAUGCACAACCGCCAGCUGGAGUGUAUGCAGCGCGAACGGGAUGCCGCAAUACUGACGGUGACGCAACUCGAACAGGAGCAAAGCAUAAACAGCAACUGCAUUCCGCCGGGAUCGAUACAUGCAAACAAGAAGUGCGCCAACUGUAACCGUGAAGCCUUGGCCGAAUGUUCCCUGUGCCGAAGGACGCCCUACUGCUCGACGUUCUGUCAACGGAAAGACUGGAUAACGCAUCAGAACGAGUGUGUCCGCAGUACGCAGGAACCGACGCACCAGAUAAUGCUGAUAGUGGACGAAACGCAAUAGCCUUUAAUGUUCUAAUCGGGCCUACCCGCAAGGGUAAAGCAGCUGGAUCGGCGUGUACAAGUCUAAGGAUCGAUCUCCGCUGGGUUCCGAGGAUGAACAUAAAGGUGCUUACACACACACAAACUCACAACCAUACGUAUAUAAAUGCAGAACCUCAACCAACCCAACGCAAUACCAUGGCCCGAUGU